AUGAGCCCGUCGACGGCGCCUGUGCAGCAGCGCAGGGGGCCCUCGCGCCACGCGACGGUGCCCAGGGCCGCCACAACGCGACCGGCGAUAAGGAUCAUCCACAUCAUCGCGCCGGAGAUCAUCAAGACCGACGCCGCCAACUUCCGGGACCUCGUGCAGCGCCUCACCGGGAGGCACCACCACCAGACCGCCGAUGCCAGGGCGGACGACGAUGACAACAGCAAGGCAGUGACGGAGAACGGGAGGAGGAAGAAGAUCAAGUGCGAGGUGGUGAACGUGGAGGAAGGAGGGUUCGGCUGCGGCGUCGGCGGUGAUCUCGAUUUCAGCGAGCUGUGGAUGGAUCUCAACCCCGGGGGAUUCCUGAGCUUCUUGGAGGAGGACGUCUUCCAGGGGAUGAUAGCUCCGGAUUUGCUGCAGCAGCCUCAGGGGGCACCGACACCGAGGAUGGAUUUGGUUGGCGAAAUGUGCGCCUCCUGUCUAGCUUAG